AACCAAAGGAUAUGAAUUACCUAAUCGGCCCAGUAAGGCUUAUUAUGGAAGCUUAAAUGAAAAACUGGAGCUGGCCUAGGUUUGGCCUCCUCACCUGCGUGGAUUUACAGGCUAAGUUCACCAUAGGCUCUGGCGCAGGAAGCUUGGAGCGCUCCAGGUCUGUUUAACCUUCAACCUUCCAGGCACAACAUGGUCUGCAUUGUGACCAGUUGAGCAGCGUAUCCACUCAGACGGGCUGGUUAAGAAGUCCAGCUCUGUCCAGGGACGCUCCCUGGAGUCAGUGGAGAUGGUGGCGGGAGAAUGGAGAAUGAUGGCUAAGCUAUCAUCUCUGAAGGGAGAACAUGUCCCACCCCAUGCAGGCCACUUUGACUUUGACGCUCCUUCAGUGACAGGCUGCUUCACCCGUGGUGUGUGAAGGAGAGGUACCACAGCUCUGCUGCUGUCAAGCUUCACAACACCGCUCCCAGUAGACUCCACAGAGCAAGACAGGCAAUUCACUCAUGUGCAAUAUCACUGUAGAAUGUCACUGUCUUUUUUUUAUUCAUUAUUUAUUUUAUUUUGUUUUUAUUUGUUUAUUUAUUUUUAUGUUCAUUAUAACUUGUCAUGCGUUUACUUACCUUUUGAUUAUUAUAUCUUGCUUGCUUUUACUGAUGCUUCCUGCUACUGCACUAUUCCCUCUACAGCUGUAACACUGCAAAUUCCCCCGUUCCCUGGAUUUAGGAAGGGUUAUCUGACCUAAACCCAUUCCUUACACACCUCUCUCAUCUGUCUCACAAACCUCACUAUGGUCAAAGUCAAAGACGAUGUAACUGAGAGACUGCACUUAAUCUGGCCGACAGAUUUACUGUACUCUACUAUCUUACAUGGUCUCAUAUAUUAUUUGUGACACUUUUUUCACAUCACCCCAGACACAAUUACAUAACGGAUUGUGAAACACGUUUGUAUAAUCAUACAACUCCUGUUUAAUUCCUUUCUGAUCUGAUCUCCUGACGGAUCACUAGAUGUCCCAGUCUUAGGGCUGAACUUGAGCCUUUUAUCCUGUGCACCAUGUGGAAAUUACAUAGAUGCAAAUGCUUGCAGGGCGCACUUCGGCUAACCACCGCUCAUGCCUGUGGCACUAUUAAUAAACUCGCUGAUGUGGCUCUUUUCUGUGCCUGGUGCGGUUUGUGGGCGGAAACGCCCUGUGGUUGGUGACCUGCGUAAGGUUAGAGGGAAUAGCCGCUGAUGCACGCGCACCGUACGAGUGGCAGAGUCAAGGAGAGACUGCCACUUUUACCGGAGAAGUGGAGGGUGGCGCACAGAGAAUAUGGCAGGAACAAGAGUGGAGGGUGGGGGAUGUAUUUUAGGAGAUGAUUGGUGGUAAAAGAUGUGGUUGUAAUUCCAACCCUAUGGUCUUGGGGGAACUCUAAUGACAUCCUAUGCAAUAUUUUUUUUUUCUUGACAUCUGAAAGUACUUAUUUGCAAUGUUUACUUUCUUCAUUUAUUUUUUAAAUUCUAUAUGUGUGAGUGUGUGUGUGUGUUUUUUUUUAAACAAAUCUUUCUUUUGAUCAGAUUCAGUGCUGUUUCUGACCAGUCAGUCCAAUCAACAUAGCCAGUUCUCCAGUUUUCUAGACAUUGCGGGAGAAUCUUGGACUAAGUGCUUUGACUGGGCAGAGAAGUCUGAAAGAGUCCACUGAUCUCUUAGUCUCCGCCCUUUUUCCUUCCUCCUCCUCCUUCUCUCUCGUCUUCUCUCUGUGCACUCCUCUGUUGUUCCCCAGACUUUGUGAGCACUCUGUUUGUUCCUCAUCCCUUCCGAUACCUCUGCCUUCUCUACCUCCCUCUCUCUGUCAAGUCUCGUGCUCAAACCACAAUGAGGAUGCUACAUUUGCAGGUCCUAUGUUUGGUCAGCGUCUUGAUGCUCUGCAAAGGUCAGGACAGCGAAUGUGACAACUUCACUGACCUGUUCUUCCACGAGUCGUUCAUCGGGACCAAUCUGUACGUGAGGCUGCUGCUCUACACCCGUGCCAAGCUGGAGUGCGGCCAGGAGCUUCCCCACCACACAUUCACCUCCCAGCCGCUCUUCAAUCUGUCCAGGCCAACAGCCUUCGUAAUCCACGGGUACAGGCCCACAGGCGCCCCGCCCAUCUGGAUCGAUCACCUCGUGCACCUGCUGGCCAGGCAAGAGGACAUGAAUAUCCUGGUGGUGGACUGGAACCGUGGAGCUUGCAACCUGAACUACUUCACUGCUAUCGCCAACACACGCGGGACUGCAGCUAACCUGACAGGGUUCAUUCAGAGGAUGCAGGACGAGGGAGCAUCGCUGGACUCCAUCCACCUGAUUGGGAUCAGCCUCGGGGCCCAUGUGGCAGGGUUCAUUGGGGCUAUGCUGGGAGGCAAGAUCGGCAGAAUUACAGGUCUGGACCCGGCAGGGCCCAUGUUUGCAGGAGUGUCCCCAGAGGAACGCCUGGAUCCCAGCGAUGCUCAGUUUGUAGACGUCCUACACACAGACAUGGAUGGUUUUGGUCUCCGAGGGGCACAUGGUCAUAUCGACUUCUAUGCCAAUGGAGGCUCAGACCAACCAGGAUGCCCAAAGACCAUUUUCUCAGGGAAGGCCUUCUUUGUGUGUGACCAUCAGCGGUCUGUAUUCCUCUACCUGUGUGCUCUCAACCGCACCUGCAACCUCACAGCCUACCCCUGCUCCUCCUACAAUGACUUCCUAAAUGGACAGUGCCUGCAAUGUGAGGCCUUUAAGCCCGCCUCUUGUCCUGUCUUGGGGUACGACAUGAGUCCCUGGAAGGACACUCUUGUGAAGCUGGGACAGACCAGGGCCUUCUUUUCUACCUCAAACGAAUUUCCAUACAGCAAAACCAGCUACAGGGUGGACAUCGUCACAUGGAACCAGUAUCUGCGCUGGGGAGUCGUCAUCCUCCGACUACACAGUGGGAAAAACGUCAUGGAAACCAGAAUGGACCACAACCGGUACAGAUUUGAGCAGUACACAUCCACCCGACUACUGGCUCAGUUUGAUGAGGACUUGUACCCAAUUCAGAAGAUCUCUCUGAGGAUUUCCACGGGGAACGUGAUCGGACCCCGCUACAAGCUGCGUCUGCUGCGCAUCAGGAUAACGCCACUGAACCAGCCAGAGAGGCCACUGAUGUGCCGAUAUGACAUCAUCCUAGAGGAGAACAUGGAGGUGUCCUUCAGACCCCUGCCCUGCAGUGAGUCCAACGACUGAGGCCAAUGCUACGGAGUUCAAACCACUGCCAUAAGAAAAUCACAGUUAACCUUUCCUCCACAAGUCAAAACUCAGCAAAGAGACUGAACUCUAAGGUCUCUCUGGCCUGAAGACACUGAAAGAACUGCUACAGCAUAUUUGGAAGGUUGUAGUGGUCCUGACUGACCACUGGGAUUAUCGUGUUAUGACAAGACUGCGUCUUUGAGCAAAGCCUGGUCUGUGCCUUAAUGUUUCUGCCAAUUUCCGGUUUCAUUUUCAAGCUGUAAAUGGACCUGCAGUAAGGUGAGAUCAGGUGUGACCAGUAGAAAUCAUAAGAUGAACUGCAUUGAAAUAUUACACAGCACAGCAUGGUUGUCUCACUGUGUGCUGCUUGAACAAAACUCAAUGUGCACUUUAUUUAGAUAUUUCUAUGGCUUUUUCAGACUACAGUGACUAUGUAUAGUUAUGUGUUAACCAUGUUUGACCUUUGUGUAUGUUUCUAGAUUUGUUUUUUAAUUACAUAAAAUAAAAAUAAAAAACUAAUAAAAUCAUUUCUAAGCACAUACCGACUUGACUGAUUUGAUUAGAACCUGCAAAACCACUGAAAUACAUUUGUCUGGCUUCAAAAGUAAAACGAGUUUGAUACUUUAUUUAGUGUAGCAUGACUCGUAUCAAAGCUUUUCAUAUAUGGUCCUUCACCAUACUUUAAAACCUUCACAUUUAAAGUAAAGUGUUUGCUAACAGAACUUUGUCAGCU